CAACGCAGUAGCUACAGCACGACCCCAGCUCGACUGCGAUCGUUCACGGAUUUUGCUUCCUACGGCCAUAUCGCCAAGUUUCAGUCGAUUUUAUUCGACUCCCUUCAAUAAGGAAAGCAUUGUGGACGAAUUUGACAUCAUCAACCACCAACACAGACAGCGAUGCCACGCUCAAAACGAAGGCUUCAUUCGAGGUCCGGGUCCAGGUCGUCUGUCGGCGGCGGCGGCGGCGGCGUUGGACGAUACGAGGAGAAACGUUUGAAGCAUCAUACAGAGUCCGGCGACGGCUAUAAGAGUGCGAGGAAAUCAAACACAAGCUCGUCCCGUAGAAAACGGAAGCGUUCAGAAGAGUCUCAUCACCAGCGCAGCCUCGGUUCCACCAGUGGCGGCCACAGGAAGAACAGAUAUCGGGAAGAGAAGCAGCCGAGGCGUCGCGAGGAUUCACGGACGUCACGCAAAGACAGAGAGCGGGAGCGAGAGCAGCACCGGCCGGAAGAUCCCAAAAAGCACACCAGCAGCGCCGUGAGGAACGACUCGGACGGACACUUGAUAUACCAAUCCGGUGAUGUACUGCAUAAUAGAUACAAACUGUUAUCUACCCUAGGUGAAGGUACUUUUGGGCGAGUGGUCAAAGUGAAGGACACGGCCAAGGAACAAACGAUUGCCCUGAAGAUCAUACGGAACGUGGAGAAGUAUCGCAAGGCGGCCAAGCUGGAGAUCAAUGUGCUGGAGGAGAUCAUUGCCAAAGAUCCGUUCGGACGGUACCUGUGUAUCCAGAUGCUGGACUGGUUCGACUUCCAUGGGCACAUUUGUAUAGCGUUCGAAAUGCUCGGACUGAGCGUGUAUGACUUCCUGAAGGAUAACAAAUACGAACCCUUCCCGAUGGAGCACGUAAGACACAUGGCCUAUCAGUUGUGUUUUGCAGUUAAUUUUCUGCACAGUAUAAAGCUCACGCACACAGACCUAAAGCCAGAAAAUAUUUUGUUCGUCAACUCCGAGUUCACGACGGUGCCCAGCAAUAGUACGAGGAAAAGUCGAGAAGUCCGCCACGUCAAUUGUAGCGAUAUACGGUUGAUCGAUUUCGGCAACGCCAUCUUCGACCAUGAGUAUCACAGCACGAUCGUGUCGACGAGGCACUACCGGGCGCCGGAGGUGAUACUGGAGCUGGGAUGGGCACAACCGUGCGAUGUCUGGUCGAUCGGGUGCAUUAUGUACGAGCUUUACCUGGGUAUCACGCUGUUCCAGACGCACGACAACCGAGAACAUCUCGCGAUGAUGGAACGUAUCCUCGGUCCCAUUCCGUAUCGCAUGGCGAAGAAAACGCGCACUCGAUACUUUCACCAUGGCAAGCUCGACUGGGACGAGAAGACGUCGAACGCGCGGUACGUGCGCGAAAACUGCAAACCGCUCGCCCGCAGUGCCAUUUGCGAUGCUCCUGAACACGCGCAGUUGUUCAACCUCAUCGGCCGGAUGCUCGAGUACGAUCCGAACGAUCGGAUCACGCUUGCCGAGGCGCUCGAUCAUCCCUUCUUCGCGAAACUACCCGCACACCAGAAGCUGCAUCUACAGCAUCGAUACGGCAGUAAUGAUAAAAGUACGUCCUCUUCCGUACCGGCGGGUAGUUCACGGGACUUCUCGCAUAGCCUUUCGAGAUGAAAAACAAAAGAGCAUGCGCUGCUGUUAUUACCGUUAUUGGACGAUCUUGUCGCUGCUGCUGGUGGAAGAAGCUAUGUGACGAUGAUAAUAUUAGAGAUACACUGAUUCGCACACGCGCAUGCACACAGACCUGAACCCAUAAUUACUUUAGCCUGUUGUAAACCGACUCUCCUAGCUUGCAACCCCCGACCAUAAAAAAGCAUACUCAUUAAAACGAUCUUUACGGAAAGGAAAAAAUAGAGAAUCCCAAGAAUCAUCUGAGAUAGAAAGUAACUGUUCAGAAAAAAAACCGAGCGAAAAGAAAAAACCACGAGUGUGAAAAUGUUCGAGGAAAUAUCACAUGAUU